GAGAUGGGUUUCACCGAAAGCUAGGAAAAAUCGCGUUCAUAAUCGUGGAAGAUCGUCUUCGAUUAUGAACACGAUUUUGCGUAGCUUCUUGGUGAAAUACGGCUUUGUGUAGUAAAUGCCGCUCCAUCUGAAAGCAGGUGAUGGCAAUUUACUACUAAUCACCGAACCGGCUUUACUGAUGAGACGUGCAUGAGAAUCGCAGGUGAAUUUUUUUGCCUAGCUCUAAAAUAUAGGCCUGGUUAAGUAAGGAAUAAUUGAAGAUGGGCCAUUGAAUUAUUCGAAAAUAAUGCACACCCAAGGUGGUAAUUUAAAGGACCGGAGUCAAUUAUUCCACUUAUUUAUACCACGGUUACCACAAACAUUGCUCUGGGGGUUAUUUUACGACAUUUGACAGGUUAGACGUGUAUAAGUUUUACAUACAAAAUUGUUGUCAUGAACUCCUCCUACAGAGUGCUUUGCAUUAUAUAGUCCGAUUUGCAUGACAUUUGGUAACUUAUUUAUAAUCUAGAAACACUCCAGCUUUUUGAUAGACCAAUUCGUCCUUGUGUAUUGCGUAAACAAAUUUGACAAUGAGCACACCAAAUUGGACGUUAGGCUGUAUUUUCGUGAAAAGUUCAUGUCUUGACAUGACAUAUCUUCGCAAAACUUUUAUGCAUUGACACAGACUUCAGGGUGCACGGUGCCAACCAGUGGUCUUGAAAUAUGAAAAAUUAUUAUUAAUUAUUUUUGCUUAUAUCUUUGGAAAACUUCAUAAGGUGUUCAUUUGUUUUAAACUGCUUUCCCAAAGUCACCUUUUUGUCCAUUUGUGCCCUUGUUGGGUUUGACCCCAUAAUUGUUGCUUGCAGCUAUAUUUACAAUUGUUAUUCGAACCCUUUUUGCAAAAGUGACAGUUGAUAGCUGUUUUGUUUACUUGAUACAAUAAACACAGUUAUAGAUUUUUCAAUGGUUGUGUCUUUUUACAAUUUCCUAAAGAUCAAUCUUUAACCUGUGUGGUACUUAGGCCUCCAAGUUAAACAAUCAAUCAGUUCAAAAAUAACAGCGGAAAUGUUACGUAAUGGUUCUAGGAAGGCAUAUCAAUAUUUAUGCCUUAAGUGUCGUUGCCAUCCAUUUAGCUGUGAUGUGAUAUUUACCUGUUUUAUGGUCUCUGUGGUGACAAUCAACGAGCGUGCCUGCCACGAAUCAACAUCUACGUUGCUCCCCUGAAUCACUUACCACACAGUUCACAAGAAGGAGAGACGCAUUUACCUCUCUGUACUUUUUUCUGUGCAGGACUCGCAAACACAUGCCAAGAGAUGGAAAAUCUGAUGGAGGGAAGGUCGCAGCGUGUGUUCCUAGCUGCCGAAGACCUAUUCCUGGCUCUGCUUUGCACGUUCAGCGAUUGGUACAACAGCUCGGGUCGAGCGGAGCUUCACAGACAUACCUUCCAAUUAUCAAACUCCUCUGAAAGCCCCGUGGAGAUGUUUGUGCACGAGUGGAAUGCAUUUCUGCCUACUUACCACACGAAGGCAAUUCAGAUAUGCCCCAUUUUGGCUCUCCUGGCCAUGCUGCUGACCACGCCGGUUCUUCUCGUACGUAUACUGUCCCGGGUUGACCUGCGGCAACAGACGCGUUACCUUCUCCUGGCUAAUGUUCUCCUCAGCGACCUGCUUUUUGUUUGCAUUAACAUCCUGAAUGCAUGCAUCAACUCUGCGGGUGUGUUGAUGACGGAGUGGCCCUGUGCUGUGGUUCUCUUCCUAUCGGGCGUCUUUUACAGCUCUGGGGUGCUGAGCAUUACAGCAAUGGUGCUGGACACCUGCUUCGCCGUGUUAGCUCCUCUUCACUACCUGGUGCUCUGGCCCGUGUCCCGGACCUACGGAGCGAUCACCGCCAUCUGGGUUGUCUCUGUCUUCUUCCCCGCAGCAUCCGUUGGGAUUUUUGUAUGGUACCAUAGUACGGGCCCUUGCGCCGUCCAUAUUUGCUCCCUGCCUUUAUUGAUGGUUUUAACAGUCAGCCACUUUCGCCCACUGCACGUCUCCAUGUUUCUGACAGUCGUUGGUAUCCUUGUCAUACUCAUCUUGAUAUUUUCGGGUUACAUCAUCCUGUACUGUCGUACCCGGAGUUCAGGCGUGUGGAAAGGCGAAGCGUCUUCCCGUGCCAGAGGGACGUUUCUUAUCCAUUAUCUCCACCUGUUUCUUUCUUUUUGUCCCAUUCUGGUUUUGGUGAUCGAGCUGAUGCUGUACAGCGAGCAGACUGCGACUUUGGACCUUAGGACCAACCUGUGGGUAAGCCUGGUGGUGUGUAACGUCUUGCUAAUCCUGCCCAAAGCCUUGGCACCUUACCUGUAUGGGCUCCGCUAUCGAGAACUGUGCGUUGUGCUGCUUCAGUUUUUUAGACUGAGGAGGCCAAGAACCAUCACACCUAUUGUAUAAAGAUCAUGCUGCAUUUCUUGCUAAGCACAAAGAUGCUGAUUUUGUGAUUUGAGGCUGUGAGAAAGACAUUGAAUUAUGUAUUGCAGUGCUUUUUAGUAGUGCAUUAUGUUAGCUAGCUGUAAUCACGCUCAUUUGGGGGUUUUGCCUACAGAAAAGUAAAGCUAGUGAGAUUAUAAGUUUUAUGACACAUAAAUUCAGAGCUUUUACAAUUACUGUCGGAAUUAAUGUGUUAAUAAUCUAAUUUUGUCUUUUUGUACUACUGAAACGACUGGUUUCAGCAUAUCAAUAAAAACUACUUUU